ACUGCUUGUAGUGGAACACAAAGAAACCGCAGAGACUUCCACAUCCUUCAGUGAGAAGAAAGAAACCAGCAGAGCAAGAUUAAUACUGGCUUGUUUCUGGUGGCCUGUUUGUACAAAGGCUGCCUUCGGGGGUGGGGGGGGUGGAGGGCAGAAGCGAAGGAAGUGUCCCCGAUAUUUAAUGAGCUGUGAAAUGAAGCACGGCUGCUUCUCCUGCUAACCUUCAGAUUCCAAGGUUCAUCUGCUCUUCAUUGUGCGUAAUAUACAUGUUUCUGCACCGUGCAUUUAGAAGAUCCCAGAAAGGAAUUCAAAACGGCUGCGGGGGAAAGGCCACCAAACAUGCCUACAGAAACACUACAGACAGGUAGCAUGGUUAAACCUGUCAGUCCUGCCAUCACUUUCACUUCAGCUGUUCCUCUCCGCAUUUUAAACAAAGGACCUGAUUAUUUCCGCAGGCAAAUGGAGCCUAAUCCAAAAAGACUUAGUGCUGUGGAGAGGCUGGAAGCUGACAAGGCAAAAUACGUGAAAAGCCAAGAGGUCAUCAACGCCAAACAAGAACCUGUGAAGCCGGCAGUGCUUCCAAAGCCGCCGGUGUGCCCUGCAGCUAAGCGAGCCUUGGGCAGCCCUACCUUGAAAGUGUUCAGCAACAAUGCAAAGACUGAGAGUGGGGUCCAGAGGGAGAACCUGAAGUUGGAGAUUUUGAAGAACAUCAUAAACAGUUCAGAGGGUUCCAGUUCAGGUUCAGGUCACAAACACAGUUCGCGAAAUUGGCCUCCCCACAAAUCUGAUACAGGAGACCUAAAUCGUCACUCAUUUGCAGAAUCCCUAAAGGUUUAUCCCACCCAAGGUUCUUGCAGUCCUCAAGAAAGCAGCUCCAGUGUGAGUAGAAGGCUACUGGAACAGUCAGCAGAGUCAUUCUUGCACGUUUCGCAUAGUUCCUCAGACAUUAGAAAAGUAUCCAGUGGUAAACCUUUAAAAGCAAUACCAUGCAGUAGUUCAGCUCCGCCUCUGCCUCCAAAACCCAAAAUUGCAACCAUCACCACGUUGAAAUCACCAGAGAUGGACUCAGUGGAAUCCACUUGUGGAGUAAGCAGACGACCUUCCCUCCAACGAUCGAAGUCAGACUUAAGUGAUAGAUACUUUCGAGUUGAUGCGGACGUUGAAAGGUUCUUUAACUACUGUGGACUUGAUCCUGAAGAGCUUGAAAAUCUUGGAAUGGAAAAUUUUGCAAGGGCUAACUCUGACAUUAUCUCUCUCAACUUUCGCAGUGCAAGUAUGAUCAGUUCAGACUGUGAACAGUCUCAGGACAGCAACAGUGACCUUAGAAAUGAUGACAGUGCCAAUGACCGUGUGCCAUAUGGUAUUUCUGCAAUAGAAAGAAAUGCCAGAAUCAUCAAGUGGUUAUACAGCAUCAAACAAGCUAGGGAGUCACAGAAAGUGUCCCAUGUGUGAGUGGGUCUUGGGGAGGGGAGGGGGGCAAAGACUAAUUUGUGUAUAUUCAGUUGUGAAUGGUUGUGAAGUCUACUUGAAGUCUUAAUACACUUCUCAGAUCUCUUUUUAUGUUCCUUGUUGUGCAAUGUUUUCAAGUUGCAUGCCUGUCAACAUGUGAACUGACCUGGCUUCUACUUGAAUAAUAACUAGCUACAGAGCCUGGCUGAGCAUACACACAUUAUCUGCCAAAAGUUUAAGACCAGAAUCUAAAUAGGGCUUUUGCUUUUGAAUACUGUUUACAUUA